AUGAGCCAUCAGACUGUCGGCAGGAGCCUGUUAGGGCUUGCUCGCGGUUGCAAGCGAAUCGAUCCGUCAGACCCUCUCUCACAAUGUCUUGCUCCGCGUAUAAGUCGGACAUUCGCGACACAAACCGAUCUCCCGAUCGACACGCCUGCUCCCGGCACCCACAUCAACCCUAACGUGGCACCCCAUCUCUACGCACCGCCCAAAGUUCUCACCACCUUACAUGCCUGGCCAUCGCUUGAGCCCAGUAGCUAUGCCUGGUACGGCUCACAAUAUCUCGACGUUCCCCUACGAAGAGACUUAUUGCACCGUGCCGUUAUCUACGAAGGCGAUGCGCACCGCCGCGGCACCGCAUCUACCAAGUGGCGCGAGGAUGUGCACGGCAGUGGGAAAAAGAUUGCCCCUCAGAAAGGUCUAGGACGUGCGCGUGUUGGAGACAAGAAAUCGCCCAUCCGUCGAGGAGGCGGUGUUGCGCAUGGGCCUAAGCCGAGAGACUUCUCGACCGAAUUACCAAGAAAAGUCUACGAUAAAGCCUGGCGGACAGCUCUGAGCUAUCGAUAUCGGAAAGGAGAACUAGUGAUCGUGGAUGGCUCUAUUCAGACUAUGCCAGGCCAGACAGCGAGGUUUCUAGCGAACUGGUUCGAAGCGAAUCAAUGGGGUAAAGGGUUCGGGAGAAGUCUGUUGAUCAAGCAAAAGAUACCACAGCAGUUCAAACAGGCCAUGGCCAUGGUCGGAAAGCAUGGACUAGUCAAAGACGUUGAGGACGUGGAUGUGAAGGACAUGCUAGAGACCGGACGGGUAGUGAUUGAGAAGAGCGUGUUGGACAUGCUGCUACUGGCGCAUUCUAGUGAUAUCGGCGUGGACUACAAUUUGGAGAUGGCAUCGCGGCUCAUCACGCAGGGCUUAGAGGGUAGCAGUUACGCGAGCGACAUUGGGGCGUCUCAAUCCUAG